CUUUCAUUAGGACUCUCUCUCCUCCCACACCCACCCGAGACACGUAAACACGCACGCACGCGCCAGCCGCCUCCCCUCACUGCCACGGCCGCCCAGCUGCGCUUGGUGCGAGAGGAAAGGGUGGAACCACGCUGCGCUCCCCCUCUCCCCGUGGAAGCUGGACGGAGCUCGGGUCGGAAGCCUGUCCAUCAGGCUGCGGCUCCCAGAGAGGAAAGAUGGUGCUUGGCGCCGCUCCUUCCCAGCCGCUCCAGGCCGAGAAGCUGAUGUGGCCUCCUAAGGAUGCUUCUGAGAAGUCGUGCCGGUGGAAAUAGCCCGUGCCCGUGGAUUCUGGGCCUUUCUCCAAGGCCCUGGCGUUCCGAGGAGCUCACAUGCUCUCCGUGUGGAAAGUCUUCAGCUGUGUGUCCACUUGACAUUGCCUCGAUGUCAGCGUCUCCUCUGAUUAGAGAUGCUCUCCAUUAGUAGAUGUGGUCCAUGCACACCUCCAUCACACCUCAUUUCCAUGUAGAGGCUUUGAAGCAUUAACUAGGUCUAUGCAGCUCCCAGCUUAGUAUGGCAUUUGUUGUCUUAAGAGAAUGGGAAGCACUUUUCCAGCCAUUGACUCCAGGCUCUCGAGAAUUUGAAGAUGUUUUAAAUAUUCUUCAUUCAUCUUACCUUGAACCAUCCUCCGUAGCAAAUUUUAACUACAGACGAGCUUGCUUGAUACACAAUGACCUUUUGGAAAAGGAGUUUACAGAAAAGAGAAGAGAACUGAAGUUUGAUGGUCGUUUAGAUAAGGAACUUUCAGAAUCCUAUGCAUUUCUCAUGGUUGAUCGAUAUCAGGUUCAAAGCAUAUGUGAAAAAGGAUUGCAGGUGGGCCAGUCCAAAAUAACUAUUCUUGGCAGUCCUUCCAUGGGUAUCUAUCUUUCUAGGUAUGCAGAUUUGUUACAGGCUAAUCCUUUGGAAGCUGGAGCAGUGGGCGAUGUUGUUAUUUUUAAAAUAAUGAAGGGUAAAAUCAAAAGUAUAUAUGACACUGUGAGUGUAAAAAGCUUGGAACCUAUGCUAAAUAGAAAUGCUUUGGAUCCUACACCAAAGCAUGAAUGCCAUGUGUCAAAGAAUGCCAGUAGAAUUACAUCCCUUUUGGCUUACAGAGCCUAUGAGCUUACUCAGUAUUAUUUCUAUGAGUAUGGCUUUGAUGAACUAAGGCGAAGACCAAGGCAUGUUUGUCCAUAUGCAGUUGUGUCUUUUACUUACAAAGAUGAUAUACAGUCUCCGAAGUUUUUAUCUUCAUUGAGAUCUAACAGCUUUAAUGCAGAUAGAAACAUAGAUAAAUUUAAUUACACCUUGUGGAAAGGACAACUGUUAAAUAAAGGAAAGCUUCUGUGUUACAUUUCUUUGAGGUCAGCCACUCGUACUUUUUUGCCUAUCAAACUUCCUGAGAAAUUAGAUGUUGAAACAGUUAUGAGUAUUGAUUAUUUGAAACAGAAAAUUCCUCCUGCAUUGUUUUAUAAAGAAACGUACUUGGGUCUGAAUGAAGUUUUGAAGAAUGGUAUGUAUUGUACCCUUUACGAAGUUGUAGAAAAGACAAGAGUUGGAAGUAACAUGGAGUGUUUACUGCAAAAACUGGAGAAAGAAAAACUCGUUCUUGUUAAACCUUUGGAAGACCGAGGGUACCUUUUUCUUCUCUCUCCUUGUCAGAUGAUUUCACCAUAUGAACAUCAGACUGUCAAGUCUCGGUUCCUACACGCUCUCUUUAUGUUUCAAGAACCUAGAUGCAUAAUUAUUUCACAAAAAGGUUCAACCAAUUCAGCACCACAAGAAAGGCAUGAGAACAUGUCAGAUAUAUUAAAAAUAACUCAGUUUUUACAGUUUGCUUUAAUUCAGUGUCGAAAGGAAUUCAAAAGUAUAAACACUAUUAAUUUUCAUUCUGUUGUUGAAAAGUAUGUAAGUGAAUUUUUUAAACGAGGUUUUGGUUCAGGUAAACGAGAGUUUUUCAUGUUUUCAUAUGAUUCACGAUUAGAUGAUAAAAAAUUCUUAUACUCGGCACCAAGAAAUAAAUCCCAUAUUGCUGAUUGCUUGCAUACCUAUAUUUUUCAGCCUGAAAUGUAUCAGUUACCUAUUUUUAAAUUAAAAGAAUUAUUUGAAGAAAAUAGAAAACGUCAACAAUUUAGUCCACUUUCAGAUUAUGAAGGUCAAGAAGAAGAAAUGAAUGGUUCAAAAAUGAAGUUUGGAAAACGAAAUAACUCAAGGGGUGAAACAAUUAACCCUGGAAAGCCGAAGUCCUCUCACUCUUUGGAUUAUGAUAAGGAUAAAGUCAAAGAAUUGAUUGAUUUAAUUCAGUGUAAGAAAAAAAAUGUGGGCGGGGAUACGGACACAGAAGAGCCAAGAAGCAAAAAUGUCUUGAAGAGGAAGCUUGAGGGUCUACCUGAAAAUAUGAGAAAGUUUGCCAAAACCAGUAAUUUAUCUGAAAAUUACCGUCUGUAUGAAGAAUCUCCACAGUCCAUUGGCUUACUUGGACAUGAUCCUAACUUGACACUGCAACAGCAGGAUACAUGUAACCCCUCUGGCAUUGCUGACAUCAAUAAGCUUUAUAAUUGGCUGUCAGAAACAAUAGCCAAUGCAGGACACUCUGAUUCCUCCCUGACAGAUACCAUCAACAAAGCCUUAGGAUUGAGUACUGGUGACACUUAUGAAGACCCCAGACAAAAGCAUGAGUAUGAGAUGAGCUCUACUCUAGAGAAGAAAGACUAUGAGCAGCCUGCUUGCACAAAAAUUGAGAGUGUACAUUUGAAGAGUUCCCAGAGCCCAUUGCUGGAAGGUGAUGCGGCAUCUUUGAAGUAUCCAUCUGUUCUUUCUACCACUGAGGAUCCAAAUUUAAUUAAUGUCAAUAAUUUUGAAGAGUGCAGUUUGUGUCCCACUGUUCCCAUUGAACAUGGAUUCCAUAGACAACAGUCUAAGUCAAAUGAUGAUGAAGAGACUGAAAUACAUUGGAAAUUGAUUCCAAUUACAGGAGGAAAUGCAAGAAGCCCAGAAGACCAGCAUGGGAAACAUUGUGAGAAACAAACCCCAGGUAUGAAAUCACCAGAAGAACACCUGGCAUGUCCGCCACCACAGGAGGCCUUUCCUAAUGAUCCCCGGGUAAUAAGUAGAGAAAGAAGUUCUGAUUUCCAGUUUCCAUCCUCUCCAUUUACAGACACAGUAAAGGGCACCACUGAAGAGGACCUGUUGACAGGUCAGGUGGUGACCGUGGAGGAACAGUGUGUGCCGGCAGCAGAGCCGCCUAUAGUGAGCGAAACUACAGAGAAUACAGUGUUAGGAGAGUUCCAUCUCUUUUCUAGGAAGAUAGAAGAGAUUUUGAAGCAAAAGAAUGUUUCAUACAUUAGUACAAUUUCCACACCUGUCUUUUCAACACAAGAGAAGAUGAAGCGUCUUUCUGAGUUCAUAUAUACUAAGACUUCCAAAGCUGGUGUACAGGAAUUUGUAGAUGGUUUGCAUGAGAAACUAAAUACUAUUAUUAUUAAAGCAUCAGCCAAGGGUGGGAAUUUGCCACCAGUCAGCUUUAAUGAGUCUGAUAAUAAGACAGCAUUGAAUCCUUUGGAAAGGCAUGUCCUAUCAACUUCCUCAAGUGACUUCAACAGUAAAGAUCUUUUUGAGCCAUUUUGUACCACCUCUAAUGAACAGCAUUCGUCUUCAACUGAAGUAGAAAUGAACCAGCCACACCACGGCACAGAGUUAAUGAUGACUUCUGAUCACACUGUACCAGGGAAUAGUGCCAUGGAACCAAUAGAAAAAGAAAUAAAAUCACCUGGUGAUGUAAACAUUUCUGCACAACCAGCUCUUUCAAAUUUUAUCAGCCAAUUAGAACCUGAAGUAUUUAAUAGUUUGGUUAAAAUCAUGAAAGAUGUCCAGAAAAAUACUGUGAAAUUUUACAUUCAUGAAGAAGAGGAGAGUGUGCUUUGUAAAGAAAUAAAGGAAUAUCUUAUCAAAUUAGGCAAUACAGAAUGUCAUCCAGAUCACUUUUUGGAAAGAAGAUCAAACUUAGAUAAGCUAUUGAUUAUUAUUCAAAAUGAAGACAUUGCAGGUUUCAUUCAUAAGGUACCUGGCUUGGUGACUUUAAAGAAGCUUCCAUGUGUUAGUUUUGCUGGUGUUGAUAGCCUGGAUGAUGUUAAAAAUCAUACAUACAAUGAAUUAUUUGUAUCUGGUGGCUUUAUUGUGUCUGAUGAAUCCAUUCUAAAUCCAGAGGUUGUUACAAUUGAGAGCCUUAAAAUUUUUUUGACAUUCCUUGAAGAACUUAGUACUCCAGAAGGAAAAUGGCAGUGGAAAAUCCACUGUAAAUUUCAGAAGAAACUAAAGGAACUGGGCAGAUUGAACACUAAAGCUCUAAGUUUGCUGACUCUUCUGAAUGUCUAUCAAAAGAAACAUCUGGUUGACAUUUUGUCUUACCACAACUGUGAUUCACAAACUCGAAAUGCUCCAGAAUUGGAGUGCCUUAUUAGGCUUCAGGCCCAGAACAUACAGCAACGACAUGUAGUCUUUUUAACAGAGAAAAAUAUCAAGAUGCUUUCGAACUAUACAGAUAACGGAAUUGUAGUUGCAUCUGCUGAAGAUUUUAUGCAAAACUUUAAAAACCUUGUGGGCUAUCACAACUCAGUCACAGAAGACAACCUUCCGCUGCUUGGUGCUAAUGAGAAUCUUGAGUCACAGUCAGCUCUUUUAGAAAACGAUGAAAAGGAUGAAGAGGAUAUGUCUCUGGAUUCAGGGGAUGAAAUCUCACAUAUAGAAGUAUUCAGCAAUUGUCAUUCAGAAAUAUUGGCAAGAGAGACCAAAGGAUCAAGUGGAACAGAUCAAAAAAAGAAUAUCCAAACUGAAUUGCAGUCGUCUCUUGACAUGCAAAACAGUUUAGAAGAUAAGACUUACCAAAUUGAUUGUGAAGAGAGAGCUCCUAUUGGUAGAGAAUGCUCUGAAGGAGAGAACAGCAAUUCAGCAGAACAAGAUUCAUAUAGCAACUGUCAGGUUUAUCAAAAUCAAUUAAAUAUGUCCCAUCAGUUUAGUCAUUUUAAUGUUCUCACUCAUCAGACAUUUUUGGAAACACCAUAUGUCCUUUCAUCAACUCAGUCUCAAGAAAAUGAAAAUUACUUUUUAUCCGCUUAUAAAAGUUUUGAUUCAGAGAAAUCUCCAUUAAGUUAAGGAUGUGUUCAAAAGAGAAUUAUAGUAACUUUGAAAAAAAAAAAAAAAGGUUGUGGACUUUUUCAGUUUCUUAAAAGUGAAUUGACACUGACAAUUUAUAUUUCAUUCUCUAAACAAGUUUCUUACCCUUUCUGAAAUGCCCCCCCCUAUUUAAAUCAUGAUGGCCUGUAACAUUUGAAGCAUCUGGAAAUUGAAAUAAAGAUAUAUUUUUAACAUAUAUUGUACUUGAAUUAUGUUGGUACCUUUAAGUUUUACAUCUGUUAUCUGUACUGGCUUCAAAUUGAAGUCUGUUUUAUAUGUAAAAUUAGAUGUUUAUAGAAGGAUGGUAAAUAGAAAUGACUUUCUUUAAUGUCAAAUGAUAACUACUUUUGCUGAAAUGAAAUGUCAACUAUUUAUUUUGAUUAAAGCUUUUGUAUAAAGCUUUGUAUAGUGUUUUUACAUAGGUAUAAGCCAGCGAUGUCACUGGCUCAGUACCUCAAGAUGUACCUAACAGUUACAUUUGGGUAAUAAACAUAAGACUUAA